GGAGGAUCAUCAUCAAUAUCAUCAACAAUCCGUAACCCAAAGAUUAUCAGAAAUGGCACCAGACAAACGUCAAACCGUGAAGUUCCUAACAGCAACAACAAUUGGAGUAGCAUUACUUGUUUUAUCCGGGUUAACCUUAACCGGAACAGUUAUCUCCCUAGUUGUUGUAACACCACUUUUGGUGUUGUUCAGUCCUGUUCUUGUCCCUGCUGGGAUAGUUUUAUUCCUAACCACAGCUGGGUUCUUAUUCUCAGGUGGAAUGGGUGUAGCUGCAUUAUCUGCAUUGACAUGGAUCUAUAACUAUGUCUCAGGUAAGCAUCCAGUUGGUUCAGACAAAGUUGAUCAUGCACGCAUGAGGUUGGCUAACAAGGCUAGAGAUGUUAAGGAUAGAGCUAAGGAUUAUGGUCAUUAUGUUCAGAACAAGGCUCAUGAGGUUGCCCAACAGGCUACUUCUUAAACUUCAUGAACCACAUUCUGUAUGGCUUGAGCUUGAUCAUCAGUUGGUCAGGUGAGGGUGCAGGUUGUGUUGCAGA